GUCAACGUCCCGAUACCUCGAGAAAAGAAAAAGGAAAUAGAUAUAAUAAGAAAGAGAAAGAGAGGAAGCCGAAAUACUGGAGAACAGCAAUUCAUCGACUGAUCGUCGUGAUCUUGGUGAUUCAACGACCCACGUGACACGGUGCGCUCCACUGGGGGUCGCCUUGUACACUUUAAAUCCACCUUGGAUUGAGGGUUGACAAGUUGACACUAGGUGGUAAAGACACAUGCUAGACAUGUGUUGGGGGAGGACCAACCUCGCACAUGGAAUGCUCUCAAGUGGUUGGUAGGUCGAUGACCCCCGUCAUGAUGACCAUAGCAUCGGCAUGGAAUCCAUUACAAAUAUCCCACCCUCCGUCACCGCUUCCCCGCAAUUCCCUUGCUGGAUGGCUUCCCCCGUCACUGAGUUCAUACUACCAAUUUCAUAGUGGUCCGAUACUACGGUCUGAGACGCAAACCAUAUCUGGACAGACUGCCGAAGUGAGCAUCGACGGAUUCAACAUCGGCCUGAUCCAGGCUGAUCCAGGCUGAUCCAGGGCUGAGAAGAUCACAGGGGAGAAAAAUAGUCAGGAAGAAAAGAAAAAAGAUGUCGGUCUCGCCCCACAUAUCACGUGCAAGGGCGAGUGGCGAUGGGAAAUUCGAUACUUGAUACCGUGAGGACUGUCCAUGGGGGAUCUAUAAUAGAACCGGAAGGAUUGGGUCAAGGGCACUGGAAGAAGGGAUGAUGCAGGUGGACUAGGUGCAGAUUUUGUCAAGGAAAGGUUUCAGAUGAUCCUUGGUGAUUUAUCUCUUGGUGGUUUGGAGUUGAUCAACGUCGCAAUCCAACCUUUGUCGAUUGAUCUGAUCCGUACCGAACACAUCUAGGCUGGAGGGAAAUGCCUAGGGUCGGAGAGAAAGAAAAAUACGAUCGCACAUUGCCACUGGUCGGGGAUGUUCCUUGUUUACGCUCCAUCGGGACUGCCGGGGUAAACAAGGAGAAAUCAGUCAAAUAUAUAUCAAAUGAAAAAGUCAAAUUAAAUAAAUUAAAGAAAGACAAGAG